AUGGCCGCAAUCCACCGCCCGGCGCACCUCACGCACCACGCCGCCAAACUCGCCUCGGCCGCGUGCAUCCAAAAGGCCCAAGACAUCGGCGUGCCCAUGAACAUCGCCAUCGUCGACGCCUCGCUGUACCUGCUGCACUUUGAGCGCAUGCCCGGCGCCAAACUCACCAGCGUCGACAUCUCCAUGAACAAGGCCUUCACGGCCGCGGGCCAUCGCGCCCCGACCUCCGUCUACAAGGAGGCCGUGUGGCCCGGCGGUGCGGCCUUCGGGUUGAAUUCCAGCAACAAUGGCCGCUUCAUGUACGUCGCCGGUGGCAUACCCAUUGUCGUCGAGGGAGAGACCGUCGGUGCGAUCGGGUGCAGUACGGGGACGCCGAGCCAGGAUACCAAAGUCGCGCAGGCGGGCGUGGAUGCCGUCAUGGAGUAUGUGAGGAAAAAUGAGAAGCCAAAGGCAAAGUUAUGA